GCAGAUGGCAUGGGUACCCGCUCUGGCAGUUGGCAUGAGUGUCAUUUCUCAAAGAAAGAGUGAGAGCGAGAGAGAGAGAGAGCGAGAGGAGGGGAGAGAAGGAGAGAGAAGUGGAGAGAGAGAGUGUGAGUGAGGGGGAGAGAGAGGAAGACACCAGUAAAGGAAUGAUUCUGUCAUUUUGUUUGCGAGAAGAGAGGAGAGGAGAGAGGAGAGGAGAGAGGAGAGGGUGGCACAGAACAGAGAGAAGGGAGAUACUAGAGAACAUGCACACCGCCCGCUGACAUACAUUCAGGAAUCAUGUUGACUUUACCGUAUGAAGAACCAGAUAUGACGUAUGAGCCCCGGUUUGGAGCCAACUACCCCCUUGGGAGCUUACCGGACCUGGAGCAAGACCCGAUACACAGCCUGAACGUCACGUCGAACCCGGAGAGAGAGUGCGAGGAGGAGCCAGACCCAAUACACAGCCUGGACGUCACGUCGGACCCAGAGGAGGGUGACAUCUCAGAAAGAGAGGACGAGGAAGAAGAGAAAGAGGACGACAACCAGCAGGAUGAAAACGGCCUCCCCAGAAAGAGAGGACCACGGAGAAAGAAGUCGACUAAAGGUAGACAGGAGAGGGUCAAGGUGCGCCGUCAUGAGGCAAACGCCCGCGAGCGCAGCAGGAUGCACGGUCUGAACGAUGCGUUAGAGAGCCUCCGAAAGGUGGUGCCCUGCUACUCCAAGACCCAGAAGCUCUCCAAGAUAGAGACUCUGCGCCUGGCGAAGAACUACAUCUGGGCCCUGUCGGAGACUCUGUCUGCGGGCAAAAAGCCAGACCUUCUGGGGUUCGUUCAAACUCUGUGUAAGGGCCUGUCCCAGCCCACGACCAACCUGGUGGCUGGCUGUCUCCAGCUGAAAGCCAGGUCCUUCCUCACGGACCACAACGGAGAGGUGACGUACCCCAGUAGUACGGCCCACUACGACAACAUGUACCCCUACCCCGGGGUAGAUCUGGGCACGGCCCCUGGACAAGGCUGCAGCACCCUGGACAGCGCCAAGCCAUCCUACCACAGCCGGCACUACAGCUACGGUGGCCAGUACGAGCCGUACUACGACCACACGUCUCCUGAGGGAGGAAGGGAGGGACACGUAGGCGGACAGAUCAGCCCUCCUCUGAACUUUAACGGGAUAUUCUCUCUGAAACACGACGAACCGGAGGAGUACGGAAAGAGCGGCCACUAUGGGAUGAGAUACAGUUCUGUGCCCGGUCACGGCUCCCUCGGCUCGCCAUCCAUGUACCGGGUCUCGCCAGAGGGCCGGUUACACUAUGAAUUACACCUUCGGUCCGCCGGGCAGAGCUACAAGGCUGGGACUCAGAGCCAGCAGGCAGAGCUACAAGGCUGGGACUCAGAGCCAGCAGGCAGAGCUACCAGGCUGGGACUCAGAGCCAGCAGGCAGAGCUACCAGGCUGGGACUCAGAGCCAGUAGGCAGAGCUACCAGGCUGGGACUCAGAGCCAGUAGACAGAGCUACCAGGCUGGGACUCAGAGCCAGUAGGCAGAGCUACCAGGCUGGGACUCAGAGCCAGUAGGCAGAGCUACCAGGCUGGGACUCAGAGCCAGUAGGCAGAGCUACCAGGCUGGGACUCAGAGCCAGCAGGCAGAGCUACCAGGCUGGGACUCAGAGCCAGCAGGCACAGCUACCAGGCUGGGACUCAGAGCCAGCAGGCAGAGCUGCCAGGCUGGGACUCAGAGCCAGUAGGCAGAGCUACCAGGCUGGGACUCAGAGCCAGCAGGCAGAGCUACCAGGCUGGGACUCAGAGCCAGUAGGCAGAGCUGCCAGGCUGGGACUCAGAGCCAGUAGGCAGAGCUACCAGGCUGGGACUCAGAGCCAGUAGACAGAGCUGCCAGGCUGGGACUCAGAGCCAGUAGACAGAGCUACCAGGCUGGGACUCAGAGCCAGUAGACAGAGCUACAAGGCUGGGACUCAGAGCCAGUAGACAGAGCUACCAGGCUGGGACUCAGAGCCAGUAGACAGAGCUACAAGGCUGGGACUCAGAGCCAGUAGACAGAGCUACCAGGCUGGGACUCAGAGCCAGUAGACAGAGCUACAAGGCUGGGACUCAGAGCCAGUAGACAGAGCUACCAGGCUGGGACUCAGAGCCAGUAGGCAGAGCUGCCAGGCUGGGACUCAGAGCCAGUAGGCAGAGCUACCAGGCUGGGACUCAGAGCCAGUAGGCAGAGCUACCAGGCUGGGACUCAGAGCCAGUAGGCAGAGCUACCAGGCUGGGACUCAGAGCCAGUAGGCAGAGCCAUAAUUAAUAGAACACUUAAAAGGUUAUAUUCCCCCUGUUACUAUUCAUCACACACACACACACACACACACACACACACACACACACACACACACACACACACACACACACACACACACACACACACACACACACACACACACACACACACACACACACACACACAGAUCACCAGUGGAAGGAGCACGGUGCGCCAAUGCAAGUGUUUAAAAUGCAAUUUAUUGAUUGAUGAGUUUAUGAAUUUAUGAAUUUCUUCCCUAUGUAUUGAAUUAUCUAUGUAACUAUUUGUUUAUUAAUUGACGUUAACAUAUAGCAGUUUGUCACCGGGAAUUUGACACUGGUUUGAUUGCAAAUGUUGUGUAAAAAUAUUUUCUAUUGUGUUUUUAGAAUUGGGCCUAUAUCUAUAGCUGAUAAACAACUAGGCUACUGAAUCAUAUUAAUACAAUUACUAUGGAAACUUGGAGAUGACUUGGAGAUGACCAGCGAUGUCGAUUAGCAAGGUAAAAAGCAAACACGAAUUAUCAUCUCAUCAGGGAAUUAUGUUUCAUUUGAUUUGUUUUCGUAUCGCCGUGAGGAGACCUGCAACAAUCUUCUAUAAAGAGACGCAAUGACAGAAAUAUCCGUACUAUAGGAAUAGAUUUGGGAGAUUCUGGAGAUAAACAAACAUGUUAAACACUGUUUUUGUCCCACAUAAGAAACGCCUCUGUAAUGCUAUAGGCCUUUCUGCUGACUGGGUGCGUGUUGGAUAUAGGUGUUGAAAUAAGGCUCAUUAAUUAUGUCAUCGUGCCAAAGCCUCAAAGCAGCAGGUAAUAUUAGCUCAAAGUGUGCUGAAAUCAAAUGAACACUUCACCUGUAUAAAAGUCAAAGGAAAAUGCAUUUGUAUUUAAAUUAGUGUAAAAAUAAGGUGAAUGUGAUCGAUUAAUGUAUAUGAAAAAAUGAUGAUCCAUUAGUUUACGAAUAGGCCUACUUCAUUUUUUGUCUCAAUAAUGUAUUUAAAAAAUAAUGUGAAUUAUAUAAUUUUGUGAAAAUGUU